AUGCUAUGGCAGGUGGCCAGAUCGACACGGAUCCCUCGCGGCCUUCUGAGGCAUCGACCCACGAACAGACUCUUCGAUGAUAUUGUGAGAAACGGCGUCCUCGCGACUCCCCAGAAGCAAUCACUCUCUACGAUUCCUUCGCAUGCCAACCCUUUCGCUCGACAACCCGGAGCGCAGAACGGCACCCCAGUGAAAGAAGAAAAGACAGGCGGCUCUACAUCUACACAUGGCCGUAAGGUGAUUGAUGGGUUGGUGCGCAGCAUCAGGAAGCAGAAGCGAGUGGCCUUUGCAAGUAUCGCGGAUGGCACGACACUCGCUCCUCUCCAGGCAGUCUUCAGUGACCCUAAGCUGACAGAGAAUAUCUCCAAUGGGGCCUUUGUAUCUUUACAGGGUAACUGGGUACCGUCUCAAGGAGGUGGCCAGCAGGAAAAUGAAUUGCAGGUGGAGAAAGUUUUGAUGAUCGGCGAUGGCGAUACAGUCGAAAAUCCAAUUCAGAAAAAGGCAAUGACUACGGGCUUUCUUCGAACCGUGCCCCAUCUUCGAAUGCGAACCGACUUUCAAUCUCUUCUCCUCCGUGUCCGCAGUAUGUUGGUUUCCAGCAUGCAGACUCAUUUCUCUGAGACUCAAAAUUCUGACCGUCCGAUCUAUCUGGUGCAUCCUCCUCUAAUUACGUCGUCUGACUGCGAAGGUGCUGGAGAAGUUUUUACACUCUCGCCUAAGAGUACAAAGCCUGCGCCUUCUGAUUCGAAUGAAGGUGUUACAAAGAAUGAGUUGUAUUUCCGGGACCCGAAAUAUUUGACUGUUUCGUCACAGCUCCACCUCGAAGCAUUUUGCGCUCAACUGGGUGCAGUCUACGCCUUCUCACCCACAUUUCGUGCGGAGGAGAGCGAUACUCCACGACAUCUGGCAGAAUUCUACAUGCUGGAAGCCGAAUAUAGGAAUAUGGAUCUGAAGCAGAUCAUGCACGGCGUGAAAUCGCUGGUGCAGGAAAUGACCACAGCUCUCAUGAACCACCAUGUUGGUCGGGAACUGGUAAAAUACUAUGCCGAUAAGAAUCGUAAAGCGCCGGCCGACGAGAUCGUAGAUCCAAGCGGUCGAUGGACUCAGUUAUUGGGUGAAUGGCGCACUAUUGAAUAUACUGCAGCAGUAUCAUUACUUGAAGAAGCCAAUUCUGCAAAAGGAGGGAAGCUAUUCACGCGUCGUCCAGUAUGGGAGCAUGGCCUACAAUUGGAACACGAGCGUUGGCUUAGCGAACACUUUGCCGACAAUCGGCCUGUUUUUGUCACAGAUUACCCGAAGGUUGUCAAGCCAUUCUACAUGCUUCCAUCCGGAUUGAGCACAGAAGACAACAGUGCAGAGCGGCCCUCUGAGUCCAAAGAGACGGUGGCAUGUUUUGACCUUCUGCUCCCCUACGGCUACUGUGAAGUCGCUGGAGGAAGCUUGAGAGAACACCGCCUACCAAAUCUUGUUUGUGCCAUGCGUGAGAAAGGAUUACUUCAAAAGGUUGAGCCUGGAACCGUGGAGCCAUAUCCAUACUUGGAACCUGAAGAGAGUCUUGGGUCGUUGAAAUGGUAUGCUGACCUGAGAAGGUUUGGGAGCAGUCCGCACGGUGGUUAUGGCCUUGGAUUUGAUCGGUUACUGGCAUACCUCACUGGGGUGGCCAAUGUGAGGGAUGUCGUUGCAUUUCCCCGUGUUUGGGGAAAGGCUGAUUGUUGA